AUGAUAAAGAAGUUCAGUCAUUUUAUAGAAUACCAGAUGACGUCAGACAUUGAGAGACUACAGCGAAGCGUCGACGUCAGCGCAACACAGACUGCGGCUCAGAUGCAGAGACAAGGAGAUAAACUGAUUGCGGAGUUCACAACAGCAGUCCGCACUGAACUGGAAAAGAGGACCUCAGAACUGGAAAAAUGUCGGCAGUCUGUUAACAACGAAAUAGUUGAAUUGUUCAGUGAUGUUAACAGACUGAUAGAGGAAAGUAAAGAAUGUAUGAAAUUGGGCGAAAAUCUCCUUAGAUCUGCGUCACUGUCUGAUAUGAAAAGACUUGUUUCCAAAUUUUCAAAAAUACAAAAGAUAACAACUGAUUAUUUAGCCACACCACGUCCUGAAUUUCCUGAUUUGGCAAUAACGUUAGUUGAACCUGAAAACACAGUAAGCAGAACGUUUUCUGCGGAGAUUGGGAGAAUUUCGAGACCUGACAUAAAAUCUAUCAAGAUAACACACAAAAUAUAUUUACAGACUUCAAUAUUUGAACCAGACGUCGAGAUAAACCGGAAGUCAGAUAGGUUAAAGCAUGAACAAACGAUCAAUGCAAAACUGCAAUCUGAUACAGAAUGUCCAGACUUAUAUUCAAUCCUAGUGUUAGAAGGUCAAAACUCAAACACGAUCGUGGUUACUGACUGGGUCAACAAAUGUGUAAAAUCAUUUUCCUCUCAACACAAAACGGUUCAGAGUCACGUGACCACUGGCAGACCAUGCUGCCUUGCCAAGACACGUGACCACCAGGUGCUCGUCACUCUGCCAAGAGAACGAAAACUAUUAUAUCUGAAUGUACAAGAUGACAUACACCUGAUAAAGACGGUGACAACCAAGAAAGGCUACCACAGCAUAACCGUCUUGCCUGACGACAACAUGGCUGUGACUGCAGGAUUGUCUGGGUGUGUGGACAUACUAAACCAGCGGUGUUACGUCAUACGGUCUAUUCCUAACAAGGUGAUCCCCAACCCCGGAUCUCUAACAGUGAAAGGAGACUCUCUAAUUGUUGUAUCAGAUACCACAAACAUUCUCACGUGUGUGUCGUCAUCAGGACAAGUCAUGUGGGUAUUAUGUGAUUCAGCAAGGUUUCAUCGGCUGUAUGGUGUUGCAUGUGACACUGAGCAGUCUGUUUAUGUUUGUGAUAACGAUAGAGAUGCCAUUGUUCAGCUGUCACGUGACGGGGACGUUAUUCGUGACGUCAUCACACAGAAGGACGGCCUAAAACAACCUGUGUCUCUCUGUUUUGCUCAAGACAAACUUUAUGUCACCCAACAGAAUGGAGAAAUAAAAAUAUUUGGGUGGAGCCAAACGUAA